AUGUUGACCUCACGAGAAGGAUUCACGGUUGAUGUGAUUGCCAGAUGGCUCCGGAAAUCAGUCCUCAAUCCAUACCUCUCAAUACCGCUUGCGACCGGACUGGCAGUGGUAUCAGCAAAAAAGAACGGAGCGGUCGGACUCUCGGACAUCAGAUUUGACACCGCUCAGCGCGUUGCCUUUCUCGCGGCUCUAGCAAGCUUUGUCUUAUCAACUACCGAGUAUCUGAACAAAUGGUCGGCAAAUAACUGGACGACAGACCACACAUGGGAUUUUGACAAAGAAAUCAUCGUUGUUACCGGUGGCAGCAGCGGUAUCGGCCACAGUAUUAUCAAACAUAUCUUAGCCAGAAACCCGCGGGCGACUAUCGUUGUUGUCGACCUGGCUCCAUUACUAUGGGAGCCUCCGAAAGGCUCUAACAUUCACUUCUUCAAGUGUGAUCUGACCGACACAAAGGCGCUCAAGACUCUUUGCACGUUGAUCCGAACUCAAGUCGGCGAUCCCACCGUUCUCAUCAACAAUGCGGGAAUUGCACGGGGCUACAGCGUCAUGGAAGGCUCGUACGCAGACGUUGAGCUGACUAUCAAGACAAACUUGCUCGCCCCCUUCCUGCUUACGAAGGAAUUCUUGCCUUAUAUGUCACUUCAACUUGAGCUGAAGUACAUUCACAAAGCGCCCAAAGUUCGUCAAACGCUUGGAAUCUUUGGCUUCAUCCGAACACCGCUGGUUCCCUUUGACCCCGGUCAGCCCCAUUUCAUGAUGCCGCUGCUUCAUGUGGACUCAGUAGGAGAGGCCAUCGUGAAUUCCCUGUACAGUGGCUUCGGAAGGACGAUCUAUCUGCCCGGUAUCAUGUCAUCUGUGACAGCCCUGCGAGCUGGUCCCGAGUGGUUAUGGCGUCUCGCGAGAGAAACAACUGCGAGCGCAAAGGAUAUCGCGUACACUCCGAGGCAAAAGAUUGAUGAUACAACUGGGCAAUUUGAGAUGGUGGAGCCUGCGAAGAAGUGA